AUGUUAGAUGGCAAUCCUUCAAGUGAAAAUUCAAGACCAUUUCUGAUUACUUCUCGAUUAAGUUACUUUCCAUCAAUAACAUCGAAUAUUAUUUCUCAUGAACAAACGAAUAAUUUUUAUGAUAAUUAUAUUUCACUUGAAGAAAGAAUUUCUGGUCGAACAGAUUGGUAUUGUAAUCGAGGAAUUGGAAUUUUCUAUAAAUCAAAUAAAACAAAAAAAUGUCUUUGUCCUCCAAGUUAUUUUGGUUCACGAUGUCAAUGGCAAAAUCAACGUAUAAAUAUUUAUAAUAAAACAGAUUUAACAUAUUGGGGAAGUUGGCAUUUAUCUAUACCAUUCCAAUUUUUACCUGUUAAUCGAAUAGCUACACAAUUAUUUAUUUCAUCGAACGAACAACCAACAAUUUGUCCAUUAUGUUGUGGUAUUCAUGGAAAAUGUAUUGCAUAUAUUAAUAAAAAUUCGUCAUAUUUUUGUAAAUGUAAUCAAGGUUAUUCGGGUAUUUAUUGUCAAAAAGAACAUAAUUGUUCUUGUUCAUCUGAUUCAUUAUGUAUAACAUCAUCGAUUUGUAUUUGUCCAAUAAAUAAAUUUGGUUCAAAAUGUUAUUUAAAACAUUCAUUUUGUCAAUCAUGUGAAAAUAAUGGAUUAUUUAUACCGAAUGAUAAUCGUUUCCAUUUAACAAAUAAUUUUAUAUGUUUAUGUCAAGAAGAAUUUUAUGGAAUACGAUGUGAAAAUACUAAAAAUCAAAUUGAUAUUGAAUUUAAUGAAGAAAUAAUAAAGAAAAUAUCAUUGAUAUUUGUACAUUAUAUAACAGCAUUUCAAAAUGCUAAACAUCAACAUACAACAACAUUGAAAAAAAUUAUCUAUGGACAAAAUACAAUAAAACUUUUUAUAACACAACCAUUUCAUAUUAUUCUUAUUGAAAUUUCGAAACAAAAUUAUUAUUUAGCUGUAUUACGAGAAAGAUUUAUUCAAUCUGAAAAUAUUAAAACAAAAAUGUUAUCAAAUCAAAAAUGUUUUCAUACAAAUGAAUUAUUAAAUAAAACAUUUCAAUUGUAUCCUUUAUAUAAUCGUAUUAAAUAUUAUCCAUUGAUAUGUCGGCAAUAUAAAAAUUUAAUGUGUUUUUAUGAUGAAUUUUAUAUGUGUAUAUGUGAUUUCGAUCGUUUUUCAAAUUGUUUUUUAUUUAAUCAAACAAGAAUAUAUAAUUGUCAAGGUUUAAAUUAUUGUCAAAAUAAUGGACAAUGUUUUCAAGAUAAUAUAACAUGUCCAACUGUAACAAAAUGUAUAUGUUCCGAUUGUUAUUAUGGAAUAAAAUCUUAUCAUAUCAAACCAAAUUUAUCAUUAUCAAAUCAACCAUUAUUAAUUCAAAUAAGUAUAGGUAUAACAACAUUAAUGUUUAUUUUCGGAUUAAUAAGUGGAAUAUUAUCAAUAUUAACAUUUCAUAUGAAAAAAACUCGAAAUGUUGGUUGUGGAUUUUAUUUAUUUAUUUCUUCAUGGAAUUCAAUGUUAAUAUUAAUUAUAUUAAUAAUUAAAUUUUGGCAAUUAAUUUUAUCUCAAAUGUUUAUUUUAAAUAAUCGAUCAAUAUUAUAUGUGAAUUGUUUAAUAUUAGAUCUGGUUAUUCAAGUAUGUUUAACAUUUAAUGAUUAUCUUUAUGGAUGUGUUUCAAUUGAACGUGUUAUUACAGUACAUAAAUGGAUAAGUUUAUGUAUUUUUAUUUUAAUAAUGUUAACACAUCUUCAUGAUCCAAUUCAUCAUCAUUUAAUUGAUGAUAUUGAUAUAGAUGAACAACCACGUUCACGUUUAACUAUUCAACCACGAUUAACAUUUAAAGAACAUUUACAAUUACAAUUAAAACAACAUAAAUCUCAUCUUAUUGCUUUAUGUACUUUAGUAUUUUUAGCUUUACCACGUUUAAUUAUAUCAUUUAUAACUGAAUGUAUGAAAUUACCCUAUCUACUCCUCGUUGUUUCUUUCGAGUUAUUUAUUUGCAUUUUUACCAUCGAAAAUGUACAAAAAGGAAUUUAA